AUGCACUUACCUCAAUUUGAGGCUGAAUCGGAACCCUCGGCCCCCAAGUGCCCAGAAAUCCAGCGAGAUGGCAUAACCGUGCUCCAGGAUGGCGGGGAGUGCACAAUCGACGUUGUUCUUCUUCACGGUCUCAACGGGAGUCCAGAGAACACUUGGAAACAUGCAACAUCCGGCUUCUACUGGCCAUGGGAGCUCUCAAAGCAGAUUCCCUACGCGCGCGUCAUGGUUUUUGGCUACGACGCCGAUAUCAAGACGAGCCUCAGCACCUCUCUUGCCAGAAUUCAAGACCUUGGCACCGCGUUCCUCACCAAGCUGGGCAACUUUAGGCAAAAGAAAGAAGAACGAGAUCGGCCCCUGAUAUUCAUCGGCCACAGCCUCGGCGGUCUCGUCAUCAAACAGGCUCUCUGGGCUGGCUCGCUUGAGGGAAAACUCAGGGCAAACUCCCAAAGCCGGAUAUACAACGCAACCAAGGGCCUCAUCUUCUUCGGCACCCCGCAUCUAGGCAGUCAAGCAAGUAGUCAGAAGCGCGUCCAGUUCUUGCAAGCGAUUGCUUCCCUGGCCUUUACCCAGAUACCGCCCAAGAUUGAGGCAGCUCUUAAGAGCCACUCGGACGAGCUCUUCGAUCUCAGUGGCCAUUUCGCAAAGACAACACUGUGUCUAGACCGGCGCGUGCUCGUCACCAGCUUCUAUGAGAAGGUUACAGACUCCCGGCUUGGGGCAGAGGUUGUGGAUCAGACAUCCGCUGAGCUGAGAUAUGGCCUUGAAGAUAUGGUGCCCAUUUUCAGGAACCACCAAGACAUGGUCAAAUUUGAAAAUGCGAAUGACCAAGACUUCCAGACUGUUGGAAAUAAGAUUUCGGACAUCAAGGAGUUUAUAGAUGAAAACGUUGCCGUUGCAGACGAAAUCCCCAACUAUCCACCGACGCCAAUGAGCCCGGCCAAGACGCUCAUUGCGCGAACCUCACUUCUUGACGACAUCAAGACCCAAUUCUCCCAAAGGCCCACGGGACUUGGGCAGUCCAUCACCGUCGGGAUCUGGGGCAUGGGAGGAAUAGGGAAAUCACAGCUCGCCCUCGAAUACCUGAGCGAGCACGGCAAAAGAUACCAGCUAUGGUUUUGGAUCCAGGCGGGCGAUCCGGCAUCCGUAGACCAGCACUUCCGCAACAUUUACAACACCAUCCCUUUUGACACGCAACAACCCGUGAACCCGACGUCAGACGCCGUAAGGCUCGCGGUUCUCCAGUUCCUCAAUCGGAAGCCUCGGCGUCUGCUCAUCGUAUUCGACGGCGCCGACCACCUGCACCCGGAGGACAAGAAUUAUGUCAAUAUUGGGCAAUACAUCCCGCAGAAUGCCCAAACGCAUGUCAUCAUCACUAGCCGGAAUUCAAACGCCGCGAGAAACCUAUCGACGUUUGAUGGCGUUGCGAUUGACAUUCUUCAGGAAGAGGAUGCAAUUAGCGCGUUCUUCAAAUCUGCCGGCAAGGAAGAGCCCAGUGCCGAUGACAGGGCGAAUGCCAAACAGAUUGUCAAGGUCCUAGGGUAUCUGCCCCUAGCCAUAAGCCUCGCCGGUUCUUAUGUCGGCCAAACACCGAGGAUAUUUUCCGACUUGUCCUUGUAUCUGGAGGAGUACAAGCACCGGAAAACGGAGCUGUGGAAACGCAAGGACAUCCACCACCACUCCAACCACAGCGUCAUGACGGUCUGGGAAACGUCUUACCUAGCGGUCUUGCACCAGUCACCAAAUACCUGCAGACUACUGAGUCUUUUGUCAUUCCUCAACAACGAGGGAAUACACAUCAAUCUAUUCACCGCCGCCGAAUCCUCCACAGCCAGUAUGUUCUGGGAACCAGCAGUCACAACCAGAGACCAAGCCAGUAUCCACGACGUUGAGCAGUGCCUAGCUAUUCUAGAGUCUUACACGAUGAUUCAGAGGAAUCCCAGCGACGGGUCCUACAAGAUGCACAGCCUCGUGCAUGAUUGGUGUCUCGAGAGGCUACGGCAGAACGAAAACAAGGACAUCGCCAAUCGAUUUGCCCUGGCGGCCGUGCAGCUUAUACAAGUGGCCUUGAAGAAAUACACGCCCGCAGAACAGUGGAGGCCGGAAAUAUUUCUGUUCCCCCAGUGGUUUAGUGAAGCUGGAGGAGAAACCCCGGAUGAGAUACGGACGAUCCCACAUCUCCGAGCGGCCCUCCGGAGCAUCGAUGCAUUGGGGUAUGCGCCAGAAGCCGAGACGGAGGUUCUGGGAAUGCUCGAAGAGCUGGGGGAAUUCUUGGAUAAUAGCCAACGCUGGGCGGAUGCUUCUCAACUGUGGUCAACGGCUUCGCAGAUUGCGGAACGUUGCUUGUGGGUUGACCCCUCUAAGAGAUUCGACCUCAUAAACAGGCAGGCCAGGUCCUUUUUCCGGCUUGGAGAUGUUGGCAAGGCAGAGGAAGUUCUGGUUGGGGCCGUUGAAACCGCCUCCAACGUGCUCGGCAAAGAGCACGAGGCCACGAUUGAUCUGGGGAUGCGGAUCAGAAGCAUGGAGUACAUGAGAGACUUCUUGAAACAGCUCGCAGUAAAUUCCGCGCAUGAGAAGGAGAAAUUGAAAGGCUUACAGGAGGGAGGAGAAGAUGAUGCUGCUAGCGAAACUAGAGUCCGCCGAAUGAUGCUGCUCGAAGACUCCAACAAUACGAGAGCAUUUCUGGAAGAAAUGUCGUUAGUAAUAUCCAGGGCCAAGGUAACAAAUGAGGAAAGCUGCGCUAUGGCGAAGGCCCAGCUGGCCACGGUGGAAUCGGCUUUGUGCAACCUCGAGAAAGCGCUAGAAACCAUCGAGAGAGACAUGAGAGAGAAACGAGACAUGGUUACCGAGGAGAUGGCGGGACUGGCAAACAAGGUUAUCCGCCUCGGGGCUGCUCAGCGCAUCUCGCUGAAAGAGGGCUGUACGGCGUACAAAGUCUGUAUUGACGAGCUCGAAAGGAGCUCCAGCAACUACUUGCCCCAGGCGCUACAGGAACUGGCCAACGUCACCGACCUAGACAUGGACCAGGCCCCGAUGCAGCGCUUUCGCCAGCUGCUUGUUGAGAUGCAGGCUUCGAGUAACAAGGUGGUGCUGCACUAUCCGCUCGUUGACACAACUGGCGCGAUAGAUUUCCGAGAGGCCACGGGCGCCUGGUCAAAGGCGUGUGCGGAGUUGCUGGCUGAAAUUGAGGGUCGAAGCCAUCUCGAUUGGCUGAUGCUGGAUGUAAAGAAGGCCUUGGCCAAAUUUAGGUUAAAGUAG